AUGGCGUCCCCCUGCCUCUGCCUCGGCCUCGGCCGCUUCAUGCCCCCGCGCCCGGCCCCGCCGCCCGAGUCCGAGAUCGAAGAGACCUUCAUCAAAGGCAGCGGCCCAGGCGGCCAGAAGAUCAACAAAACCAACUCGGCCGUGCAGCUCCGGCACAUCCCGACCGGCAUCGUAGUCAAGUCGCAGGCGACGCGCUCGCGCAGCCAGAACCGGGCGAUCGCGCGCCAGCUGCUGGCCGCGCGGCUGGACGAGCUGGUCAACGGCGCGCAGAGCCGGACCGCGAUCGUGUCCGAGGUGAAGCGCAAGCGGGCGGCGAGCCGGGCCAAGAAGAGCCGGCGCAAGUACCGGCGGCUGGCGGCGCUGGCGGAGGAGGCGAAGGAGAAGGAGGAAGAGGAAGAUAAUGAGGAGGAGGAGGAGGAGGAAGAGGAGGAAGAAGAAGAUACUAAGGAGGAGGAGCGGGCGGAGGUGGGAAAGGAGCAGGAGGAGGGGAAACCAGAGUGGGUGAGGCAAGGGGAUUUGGAAGCGAAGAGGGAAGGGGAUAUGGGAGGGGACAUGGAAGGGGAGAAGAAAGCGGAGGGUGUGGGCGGGGUGAAGGAAACAGACGCCGGAAAGAAUGGGAAUAGGGGGAGCGAUAAGGAGAGGAGGGAGAGCAACGAGAGAGGGGCGGACUGA